GGGCCUAUGUCCAGGAUGGGCGGAGGCCCCCUGGCUCCUCCUCCGCGGGCGGAUCCGCGCCGCGCUCGCCGCCACUGCGCCGGGCUUCCGUCCUCCCGCGCGCAGGCGCCGGCGGCACUUCCGGGGUCGCCUCGGCGGGGCGGGUGGGCUCCACGCGCUGGGGGUCCCCACGCCCGGAACCCCGGCCCCAGCCGCGGGAUGCCCGCGCGCGGGGCGGGCCAGCUUUCCCGAAGAAUGGGGCAAAAAAAGCAGCGACUGUUGGAGGCACGACGGCAUCAGAGCCUGACAGACGGAGCCCAGAUGCCUUCCACCAUGGAGCCCUGCUUGGGGCCACCUGCAACCCUGGGACCCCAGCGCAGCAUCUAUUUUUCAAGCCCCAAAAGCCACUCUGCACAACUGGGAUCUGAGUUUUUCGACCAGCCCGCAGUCCCUCUGGCUCGGGCAUUUCUGGGACAGGUCUUGGUUCGGCGACUUGAUGAUGGCACAGAGCUCCGCGGCCGCAUUGUGGAGACGGAGGCAUACUUGGGGCCCGAGGAUGCAGCUGCUCAUUCGAGGGGUGGCCGGCAGACCCCCCGCAACCGUGGCAUGUUCAUGAAGCCAGGAACCCUGUACGUGUACAUCAUCUAUGGCAUGUACUUCUGCAUGAACGUCUCCAGCCGAGGGGAUGGGGCAUGCGUCCUGCUGCGAGCGCUGGAGCCCCUGGGGGGCCUGGAGACCAUGCGGCAGCUUCGCAGCACCCUCCGCAAGGGUGCCGCGGGCCGAGCCCUCAGAGACCGUGAGCUGUGCAGCGGCCCCUCCAAGCUGUGCCAGGCCAUGGCCAUCGACAAGAGCUUCGACCAGCGGGACCUGGCCAAGGACGAGGCUGUGUGGCUGGAGCGCAGCCCCCCGGGCUCCAGGGAGCCGGCUGUGGUGGCAGCAGCCCGAGUGGGCAUUGGCCAAGCAGGAGAGUGGGCCCAGAAGCCCCUGCGCUUCUACGUCCAGGGCAGCCCCUGGGUCAGUGUGGUAGACCGAGCGGCCGAACAGAACUCACAGGCCUGCUCGGACAAGGCUUUUUAAUUGUUCAAAGACCCAAUAAAUGCUUUAUGUCUGGAA